CGCUCUCUAGCGGCCAGUCGCGUUCACGGUGGCAAGUCUUAGUUGACCGGCAGUAUUCCAGUAGACGUUCUUGGACGGAUCCAUCGGUUUUAGCUUUAGCACCAUGUGCCCUGCGAAUAAUUGUGUGAAGUGAAAGCUACACGGCCGAAAUUCAGUGUGAUCAGUCGAGUGGACGAGCUUUGGUUCAGUUAUCACAUAGUUUAUUAUUAAAUCCUCAUCCGCGAUGGCCAAAGACGAACCAAUGAGUGCGAGGACCACGCUUUGGUACCUGGUGUUUGUGGGCUUUGCGGUGAACUACAUGAUUCGCAUCAACACGAACAUCACGAUCGUGGCAAUGAUCAAACAAUCCGAGACGGAGUUUGUCGGACAAACGAAAGUAGACUACGCCUGCUACGUGGCGAAUGAUUCGAUCACUUCAGAACCAGACCAGUCACCGCCAUCACUGGAACACAGCUUACUGCGAUCGCGCGAAGGCAAAAUCAUUUCUCCGGAGCAACUUCUAUUGCGGCUGCUAAAGCUCGAUCUUCAGGAGGAUGGCUUCGAUUGGAACGACUACCAGCAGGGCAUAAUACUCGGUGCAUUUUACUGGCUGCACUGGAUUACGCAAAUCCCGGGCGGCAUACUGGCUCGACGGUACGGAACGAAGCUAGUGUUCGGGGCGAGCAAUGUGAUCGGUUGCUGGUUGUGCUUCCUGAUGCCGAUCGCUUCCUACUGGGACUACCGCAUUCUGGUGUUUCUGCGUGUUGUACAAGGACUGAUAUGUGGACUGGCAUGGCCUGCGAUGCACCAUAUGGCCGGCCAGUGGAUCCCACCGAACGAGCGCAGCAAGUUCGUGACCGCCUAUCUCGGUUCCUCGAUCGGUGUAGCGCUUAACUUCCCACUCUUUGGCUUCAUCAUUGCGCACACUUCCUGGGAGUAUGUGUACCACUUCUGUGGCAUCUUCGGUACGGUUUGGUACGUGGCGUGGCUUUAUCUCGUGUACGAUUCCCCGUCGGAGCAUCCGCGGAUCCAUCCGGCCGAGCGUAAGUUCAUCGAAAGCUCGCUCGGUAUCAGUGACCAUGGGACGCAGGGAAAACGGGAGCAGGACAUGGCGCCGACACCGUGGAAGCAGAUCAUCCUUUCGAAGCCCAUGUGGAUGACGGUCAUCGCUCAGUGGGGCGGUAUCUGGGGUCUGUUUACGCUCAUGACCCAAGCGCCGACCUACUUCAACAAUGUGCACGGUUGGAACAUCGAGAUGACGGGUUUACUGUCCGGUAUUCCGCAUCUCUGCCGGAUGCUGUUCGCGUACGUGUUCUCCAUCAUCGGGGAUCAUCUGCUGAAGCACGAGCUGAUGUCCCGGACCGGUGUGCGCAAGAUGGGCGGCACGAUGUGUUGCGUCGUGAAUGGGAUCUUUGUGUUUGCGUUGGCCAACAGUGGAUGUAAUUCGUUGAUGGCGACCAUCUUUCUGACGCUGGCCACGACGGUGCAUGGUGCCGUCUCGACCGGUCCACUGGCCAAUCUGGUCGAUAUGAGUCCCCGGUAUGCCGGUAUAUUGCUUGGGUUUAGUGGUAUGAUCACGGUGAUACCGGGAUUCGUAUCCCCGAUCAUUGUCGGUAUGGUGGGUAAUCACACUGUGGAACAGUGGCGCAUCAUUUUCCUCAUCACAUCCGCCACACUCAUCGUCUGCGGUUUACUAUAUAUGGCGUUUGCCGAUUCAUCUCAGCAAGCCUGGAAUUCGGCCGAUGUACCAGUCAUCGACGAUGGUAAGGCGGAGGAACUGGAAGGUCUGCAAGCGUUGAACAACGAUCCAAGUAGCAGAAACAUCGUACUGGAGCUAGAUUCCACCAAAGAGCCCAAGACGGACGAAAUGAUUAGAUUAAGUUCGGUUUGACGACAGUAUUAGAUUGGUCCUCCUCCAGACUCCUUUUCCUUCCCCCUCUUCCUCCUUCUCCUCAACCGUGAAUAUGAAUAAACCAAAGCCCCAGGACUAGC